CACGCCCAGCCCUCGCCGGCGCCCACCCCUCAGGCCCGGCCCGCCCCCGGCACCGAGCGCUAGCUUUCCCGGCCUCCGGUUGUCGCCGGCUCUCGGGCCCGCCCCCGAAGACGUGGAGUGGUGCGGCGGGCGCAGGUUUGUCAAAGAUGAAAGUGACCUUAUCAGCUUUGGAUACUUCUGAGAGUUCUUUCAUGCCUUUGGUGGUCAUAGAAUUUGCUCAGGAUGUCAAAGAAGAAACCAAAGAAUGGCUGAAAAACAGAAUUAUAGCUCCAAAAAAAGAUGGAGGUGCUCAGUUGUUAUUUAGACCAUUGUUAAAUAAAUAUGAGCAAGAAACACUGGAAAAUAAGAACUUAUAUCUUGUUGGUGCCUCCAAGAUUAGAAUGUUAUUGGGGGCAGAAGCGGUGGGAUUGGUGAAAGAGUGCAAUGAUAACACCAUGAGAGCCUUCACAUACAGAACCAGACAGAACUUCAAAGGCUUUGAUGAUACUAAUGAUGAUUUCCUGACAAUGGCAGAAUGUCAAUUCAUUAUCAAACAUGAACUUGAAAAUCUUAGAGCUAAAGAUGAAAAAAUGAUCCCUGGCUACCCCCAGGCAAAGUUGUAUCCAGGAAAAUCAUUAUUGAGAAGAUUGCUUACAUCUGGCAUCGUGAUUCAGGUGUUUCCACUGCAUGACAAUGAAGCCCUGAAGAAGCUCGAGGACACCUGGUACACUCGGUUUGCUUUAAAGUAUCAGCCCAUAGACAGUAUUCGUGGCUACUUUGGGGAAACAAUUGCUCUGUACUUUGGAUUUUUGGAAUAUUUCACUUUUGCAUUAAUCCCCAUGGCCGUCAUUGGGUUACCUUACUACUUGUUUGUGUGGGAAGACUAUGACAAGUAUGUGAUCUUUGCCUCAUUCAACCUGAUCUGGUCCACGUUGAUUCUGGAAGUGUGGAAGCGUGGCUGUGCCAACAUGACCUACAGGUGGGGAACACUGCUCAUGAAGAGAAAGUUUGAGGAGCCCCGGCCGGGAUUUCAUGGUGUCUUGGGUAUCAAUUCCAUCACUGGGAAGGAGGAGCCUCUGUACCCCAGCUAUAAGAGACAGUUGCGCAUCUACCUGGUCUCCCUGCCAUUUGUGUGCCUCUGCCUCUAUUUCUCACUGUAUGUCAUGAUGAUUUACUUCGACUUGGAGGUUUGGGCCUUGGGUCUCCAUGAGAACAGUGGGUCUGAGUGGACCAGUGUCCUCUUGUAUGUGCCCAGCAUCAUCUAUGCCAUUGUGAUUGAGAUCAUGAAUCGUCUGUAUCGAUAUGCUGCCGAGUUUCUAACUUCAUGGGAGAAUCACAGACUGGAAUCUGCCUAUCAGAAUCAUCUAAUUCUGAAAGUUUUAGUGUUCAACUUUCUCAAUUGCUUUGCCUCACUCUUCUACAUUGCCUUUGUCUUGAAGGAUAUGAAGCUUUUGCGCCAGAGUUUGGCCACUCUCCUGAUUACUUCCCAGAUCCUCAACCAAAUUGUGGAAUCUCUACUUCCUUAUUGGCUCCAAAGGAAGCAUGGUGUGCGGGUGAAGAGGAAGGUGCAGGCUUUAAAGGUAGACAUUGAUGCUACAUUAUAUGAGCAAGUCAUUCUGGAAAAAGAAAUGGGAACUUAUUUGGGCACCUUUGAUGAUUACUUGGAGUUAUUCCUGCAGUUUGGAUAUGUGAGCCUUUUCUCCUGUGUUUACCCAUUAGCAGCUGCCUUUGCUGUGUUAAAUAACUUCACCGAAGUCAAUUCAGAUGCCUUAAAAAUGUGCAGGGUCUUCAAACGUCCAUUCUCAGAACCUUCAGCCAGUAUUGGUGUGUGGCAGUUGGCUUUUGAAACAAUGAGUGUUAUAUCUGUGGUCACGAACUGUGCUCUGAUUGGAAUGUCACCACAAGUGAAUGCCAUCUUUCCAGAGUCAAAAGCAGACCUCAUUUUGAUUGUAGUAGCGGUGGAGGAAUCUGUGUUCAUGGUAGAUGCUAUAUGUGGAAUAUGCAUUUUGGAGAAUGAUUUUAGACAGCAGCGAGUGGGAGGGAAAAGAGAAUGGCCGUGACAGAUACAAGUAGGUCUAUUUUGAAUUUUGUAAGUUGAAUAGAAUUUUGUAGAGGUAUUUGCAAGGCUGAUUUAUGACCUGUGGAAGUGAGAAAACAAGUCAGAGUUACCUUUGACAGGGAGAGACCAGCUGGCUAGGCUUAUAAUGCGCCUUCUUGAUUUAGAAUAUGGCACUUCACUUCACAGAUCUAAAAAUUUGUCUUUGCCAGUACACUCAGAGUUAAUUAGAGGCUUUUGGGACUGACUGAAACUUAAAACUCAUGAAACUUAAAAAAAGAUUAACCAGAAAGCCAGGUGGUUAAUCUACAAUAGAAAGAUACUUUGCCAGUACCAUAACAGUGGAUAUUAAAGUGAAGGUGGAUUUGGCUAUUAGAAGAUUUCUUGGUAAAUUCAGAACAAGAGCAGGAGUAGUGCAAUAUUCUGAAAGGUAUAGAAAACCUGAAAACCAUCCCUACCUCCACACAGAGCAGAGUUCGCCUGUGAGCCAGCUCUUGGUGUCCAUCCAUCGCUAGCUUCUGACCUAUGCUGGAUAAGCUCAUUACUGCCUACUUUUUGAUUUUUGCCUUUACUUUCUCUAGAUUUUUGGCUUGCUCAGUAUAUUACCAUUGACUAGCCUACUGCUUCCUUUUGUAUUUAGUGAUACCUUAGUCACAUAUUGAGGGCCUGAUUCUUACUUAAUUCGGGAGACUUACUGACUUAUAACACUGAUUGAUCUGCAGGUGGCUAAUCUCAUGUAUUACACAGUAUGGUUUUGCUAGUCAAAUCCUCAUGGAUUCACUUAAUCUGCACAUUCUAGGAGUACUUGGCUGUUGCCCUCUGGGUUCUAACCAUUAUGCCUCCUCUAUUUGUUUAUUUAUUUAUUUAGUCUUCACAUUGUAUAAAAACAGCUGUUUCAAUUGUCAUUAUCUAAACUGGCAAACUAAGAAGCAUCUAGGAAGUCUAGGAAGAAGCCAGGAAGCAUCAAGAAAGUCUCCAGGGGGAUCAUGGGGGGUUUCAGGGGCGAUCAUGGUCCUGCCAACAUCUUGAUUUUAGACUUCUAUUCUCCAGGCUACAAGACAAUGCAUUCCUGUUAUUUUAAGCAAUCUGUAAUAGUUUGUGAUAACUUUGUUCUGGCAACACUGAGAAACAAAUGCAGUUUCCUUUCUGUUAAAAUUACUUUUGUUAGCCAAUUUUUAAAAGGUCAGUCUGCUAGCAACAAAUUCUCUUAAUUUUUUCUUCAUCUGAAAACCUUUUUUUCUCUUUUAUUCUUAAGUAUAGUUUUGCUGGACAUGGAAUUCAUGGAUGAUAGUCUUUUUCUUUCAGCACAUGAAAAAUAUCUUGGUACUUCCCUCUAGUCUCCAUGGUUUCAGAUGAGAAAUAAUAGCAUUCCAAUUGGUGUUCACUUAUAGUUAAUGGGCCCUUUUUUUUCUCUGGCUGCUUUCAAGACUUGUUUCCCUCUAUCUUUAAUUUUUGAAAGUUUAAUCAUAAUAGGUCUUAGCGUAGCUUUUUGGGGGUUUAUUCUGUUUGGGGCAUACUCAGCUUCUUUGAUCUGUGGGUUUGUGUCUUUUACCAAAUUAAGGAAUUUAUAGACAUUAUUUCUUCAAGUACUCUUUCAGCCCCACUCUCUCUCUUCUCCUGGGAUUUUGAUAUGAAUCUUUGUAUGGUCUUUUGUAUUUUCCCACAGGCCCCUAAGGCUCUGUUCAAUUUUUGUCAGUCUGUUUUCUGUUAUUCACAUUAGGCAAAUUCUGUUGAUAUAUUUUCAAGUUCACUGGUUCAACAUCUUUUUAUGUCCACACUACUAUUGAGCCCAUAUACUGAAGUGUUUUUCAAAAAAUUUACUGUUACUGCAUUUUUCAGUUCUAUAAUUUUCAUUUGGUUGUUUUUAUAACUUUUUUU